AUGGUUACCACCGACGAAUCGUGGGCGCCUACGGAAGCGUCAUCUUCCGCUAGCGAUACUGAUGCUCUGUCACCAGUACCCGCGGUUUUGCAGGAACAGGUUGAAGAGGCGAUCCGAAACGAGAACCAUGAAGAAUUAGAGAAGUUAUUAGAAUCCGACAAUGGUGUACUCGAUGUACGAUUUCAGUACGGAUUAACCGGAUACGACAGUCACUUAACAUUGAACAUCGCUCCACUGGCUCUAGCAGCAGCACUGGGUAAAACCUCAAUAGUUAAACUUCUUCUAGAUCAUAACGCGGAGGUGAACGCAGAGGAACCUGAAUAUGGCGAAACAGCGCUACACCUAGCUGCUCGGUACGGACCAAAGGACACCAUCGAUUUGCUUCUCUUCCAAAAACCCAAUGUCAAUCAACCAGGCUGGAAUGGCCUGAGCCCAUUACACUCAGCAUGCAAAUAUGGCCAAACUGAAGUUGCUGCUUGCCUUUUAGACGCACAAGCGGAUAUAGGUCAACGUGACGAUAAUGGCAGCACGCCCUUCAUGAUCGCUUCUAUCGAGGGCCAGGACGAGGUUCUAAAACUUCUGUUAGAACGGGGACCACUGAGACAACUCAACGAAGUAAACAAAUUCUUGAACACCCCUAUCUUGUAUUCUUGCGCCUGUGGACAAGAACAGAGCUUCGAUACACUAUUCUCUGAAGGUGCAUUCCCUUUAGAUGUCGACCGGCAGCAGAAUACUUGCUUCCAUAAGGUCGUGCUGUGCGACAAAGACUUUUCGAGCGGAAUUGAGAAUAUUCUUGAUCAACUGGUUGGUGCAGGGAUAGACAUCAAUCAGACCAAUGUUUUUGGACAGUCGCCUCUUUUUUUCGCGUGCAAAAAGGAGAAGUCCGAACAUAUCGAGUAUUUUCUCCAUCUAGGAGCCGAUAUCAACCAUAUAGGGCCUGUUGAUGGAUCAACUGUUCUCAUGCAGGCUUGCUGUCAGUCGGAUUCGAAGCUGGUCCGGAUGCUCUUACAACAAGGAGCUGACACGACUGUCACGAAUAAGCAUGGACUGGCAUCUCUUGCCCUGGCCUGUCGUUUCGGCCAACUCGAAAAUGCCCAGGCCCUCAUAAGUGAGGGUGCAGCGGUUAAUGUCCAUGACCGAAAUGGAUUGACUCCGUUAGACACCGCUGUUAUUUACGAUAAUUUUGAUAUUGCACUGGAGAUCAUGGCGACACCAAGUUAUUUCCCCGAAAAUCCCGCCGGAGAAAAAGCCUUCGCCGAGUGCUCAACGCGCAAAGACCGUGCUCAAGCCAUCGAAGGCAAAUUACUGGCGAAUUUUGAAGCCGGCGGAUGCGAAGAACAAGAGCGGAUUCCAGUCAUACUUCAUUGGGCAAUCGCUAAUGGAGCCUCGAAUCUGGUGAAGUGGUGUAUUUCCAAUGACCCAAGCGUGCUGCAAUGGAAUCGAAAUGGUGCCACUUGGCUUCAUACUGUAGAGGUUCUCCUCCAGAUGAUAUUGGAGCAAUCUCUGAAGGUUGACGCAAUUAUGGACCAGAAUAGUCAGGGCGAAUCUCCUCUAACUAUCUCGAUAAACCGGAGGAACAAAAAGCUAGAGGACCUAUUUUGGGACCAUAUUCGCCAACUCGGGACUACCAACGAGAAAUUUAUGGAAUCUGAUCAGGCGAAGGCCGAAAGAAUCCUUGAAGUAGUUGCUAUGUAUGAGACGCCUGGACACGAAGUCACCCUACGAGAAUUACUGAAGAAAUGGUUUUCCAAGGAGGACGCUGAAGACAAACCAGACUUUACGCCUCUUCAUUGGGCAGUAGUCCAUUCUCAAGCGGUCGUGGUCUGGUGGUUGUUGUCGAAGGGCGGGUACUCUAAUCACCUUAUUGAGAGUGCCUUGAAAGUCUUGCCAGACCGAAUCGAAAAGGACAGCGUUCAGGACCGCAUUAGAGCUCUACUUCAUGAUCCGCCGCCAAUCCGUAUCAAAGUCGCCAACCCCAACAAUUAUCCUAUAACUCCACAACCAACACCCAGAAACGGAAAUAACCCAGCAUUAGGUGCUAAAGGGAAUAUUGUCGAUGUAUUCUCUAAUGGUGAAACCCUAAGCAUUCCACAUGUAAUAUCUAACGUUGAGGAUAUUGUAUAUGGGAAAGGUCCAGAGUCCCUGAUGAAGGAGGCCAGGGAAAAUCUGGACAAGCGUAACCUAGAAGCGCUGAAGAGAUCACUAAAGGAGAAACACCAGUAUAGAUCCGUUGAUUCCCUCCCACCGCAGCUAUCAGGACCCGAAUCAUCUCUCAAGCUUCGGUGGAUUCAUCUUUCAGUCAAUGAUGACCUCGUUUGUCGGCUAUCGCAUGAUUCAGGGCGUUUGGAGAUGGACCACGUGGUUCUGAUGAAACAUCUAACUCGAAGCUGGACUGAGUUGGCGGCGGGUGGAAAGCGAAAUUACAUGAAGCCUCAAUGCGUGCGAAAGGAAAUAGAUCACAUCGAUGCUCCAGACGAUAAUUUAAGUGGAAGUCGGCCAGCGGGGGAGCGGAUCACUUACACGACUCUUUAUAUGCCGUACCUCACCAUAGGGCAUCACACUCCGCAACCGAAAACCAGUACCGCCAAUUCCAAUGAGAAGGAAUCCACAUACGACCAUAACUUGGAACAGAUUAAACACAGACCCAUGACCCUGGACCAGUACUAUUACCCAACCAUCGAAGAUACCAAUGAAAGAGAUGGGGAUCAAGUGCUCUCAAAAUUCUUGCAUGAGGAACACACGAAGACGAUUUUAAUGGUAAACCAACUGUGGAUAUGGAUAACUGAUGACAAGACAAUCAUCACAGCUACGACGGACGACUCCGGUGAUGAAUCAGCACAGAACCUGCUUCAGACUACCCUAAAGAACGUACUUUACGGCGAGACUAGAAGUCGGUUCGAACGCGCUACAUCGGUCCAGGCUGUGAUGGAAUUGGUGGUCGGAGCUGCAACUGGAUCCUUUAUGGAAAAGUCAAUACCCACCGGUCCAGUGGGCAAGGAGCUGUCAACCAAAAAAGGACCCAUCGAAAUAUUUCGAGAGUCAAUCAGAAGAGUGGCCGAUGGUGAAACUUCGCUCUUCCGAGAUUUUCUCGCAUCUCUGCGCAGCAAAGCUUGGAGACGGAAUAAGAAGUCGAACCGCUAUCAUAUCAUCUCAGAUGAAACCGAGCUUCUUGACCAUACACGAGAUAUUCGGGAUGAGCUACAUAUUCUUAGGUCUUUAGCAGAGGACCAGGAUACUGUGUGGAAGCAGGCGUUUCCAACUGACGACCUGACAGACCAUUUCCUAAACUAUCAUUCCUGCACGCCUACUGAUGUCAAGAAGAAUCUAGACGAAAUGCUCCUCGAGGCAGACAAAACGACUGACUACAUAAAUACCCUUCUUGAUCUGCGACAAGCAGAAUACAGUCGCAUACAAUCCAACUGCGUAUUGAUAUUUACUAUCGUCACCAUUGUGUUUCUUCCUCUCUCGUUUCUAUCAGCUCUGUUUGCGCUUAACGUAUCAAGUUUCCCACAUGAGUCGGGAACCUUACAGUACGAAGGAUGGUGGCUCUUCCCUAUCAUGUUUGGUGUGACGGCUCUGGUCUCCACUCCUGCUAUCAUCUUUGCAUGGAAUACGAACGCUCUCUCAGACUGGUUUGGCCUGCGCAGCAAAUACCGUCAAACUGAAGGAUCAUCGACAACGGAUGAGGGUAAUGGGGCUUUGACGCGACGAAGUACAAUAGGAGCUUUCGGCAGAAGCUUAAAAAGGAGGCCGCAAAAGCAUAAGGAGGAUGUUUCACCAGCAUAA